GACUAUAGUGUCCGCUAUGACACCGGCACAUUUGGCCCAGAGGUAGAGGAGUUCCACUACUUCUUCGACCAAUGGCCCUCUGGAAUCGCUCAGUCUAUGCAUGGGAAGAGUAUGGUUUCUUAUACUCGAGGCGUAGACUAUCCUUAUACUGUAGGGCUCAUCGAGAACACGACCUAUGAAGACGCCUAUCCGUCUCUGGAUAUCAAUACACCGUCUGGCGACCUCAUCACCUACAUUGAUGGAGUGCCAUAUGGUAGCAAUGACACUGCCGCGCUGAUCAGUGUCUCGUCUCUUUAUGCAUCAACUGACAAUGUGAUCUGGGCUCUUGACACUGGCCGUCCUAAGCUCAAUGACUCUACUCUGGCUCUCGCGCGCCAAGGUGGUCCCAAGCUCAUGGGCUUUGUUGGACACGACGGUUCAAUCUCCUCCAACCUGACGCUGCCCGUAUCUGAUGACUGCGUUCGGGAAGACUCGUACAUCUUCGAGGUGCGCUUCAACCUGCUUGCCAAUGUCACUGCUUCGGGAGCUGGCAUUGCAUAUAUCGUCGACUCGCCCCCAGACUCCAACAACACCGCCCUCAUUAUGUUUGAUCUGGGAAGUGGAGAGUGCUGGCGCCGGCUGGUGUCACACCCCACCACCCUGGCCGUGCAAGGCGAUGUGCCCUCCUACAACGGGGUGCCCUUCUACCCGACCACUGACUACAGAACCAAUGGUCUGUACGGCAUCGAGUUGAGCUACUACGGCGACACUCUCUACUAUCACUCCAAGUCUUCGGAUUAUCUGUACAGCAUCCCUACGUCUUACCUCAACUCGCCCAACGUCACCGACGCCACAGCCACGGCUGCUAUCAAGAAUCUGGGACAAAAGGGAGGCAAAGCCAACGGGAUGGCAAGUGACUCCAACGGAAUGUUGUACCUGCUCAUGCCGGAGAGCAACGCCAUCUACCUGUGGAAUACUACCACUGGGGCCGCCGAGCCAUAUGUGAGGGAUCCCCGC